ACACCAACCAUUUUUCAUUUACUAUCUACACCAUAUGUUCGACUCAAUGGACUGUCUUAUAAACCCUAAUUCUAACCCUAAAAAUCAUCAUUAUCCGAUUUUCGAUCCGGUAAUCGAUUCGCCAUUUUCCCCAACAGAUUUUCAGUUAUGGGACUAUCUCAUACUUAAUGAUGGAUCUUCAUCUCAAAGUACUAUGGUUUCAUCGGAUCAGCUUACUAGCGGCGGCGACGGUGGUGGUGAUGGUGGUGCAACAUCUAGAAAUGGUAAUAAUAACAAUAAAUGGAAAAAGGGAGUGAUGAAUAAAGAUGAGAAGCUUGAAAUGGUUCAUAGAGUUGCAUUUAGAACAAAAUCAGAUUUAGAGAUAAUGGAUGAUGGUUUCAAGUGGAGGAAGUACGGCAAGAAAUCUGUCAAGAACAGUCCAAAUCCGAGGAAUUACUAUAAAUGUUCAAGUGGAGAUUGCAAUGUGAAGAAGAGAGUGGAGAGAGACAGAGAAGAUUCAAAAUAUGUAAUAACAACAUAUGAAGGUAUUCACAACCAUCAAAGUCCCUCUCUGGUAUACUACAAGAAUGGCUGGAAUUUGCAAACUUCUUCUCCUUCUUCCUCUUCAUAGCCCUUUAAAUUAUUAGCUGUUUUUUCUUUAUUUUUAUCUGGUCAUGUUGUUAUAUAGUUUGCAUGCAUUAUUACUAGUUUUUUUUUGGUAAUAUCUUUACCAAAAUAUCCUUUCUCUAAUGGCCUAUACUAGUUUUUUUUUUGAGGGAGGUCUAUACUAGUUCUAGUGAUGAUAAAUAACAACAGGUACUAUAAUUAUGUAUCAUUUAAAGAUUUUAUAUUUACUAGGUUACGACAUAUAUGUCUGUAGUGAUAAAUUGCCGAGUAAUACUGGUAAUAUAUGAACCGAUCUAUGUCCAUAAAUAGAGGAAUAAACAUUACAAGAACAUCGGCAAGAAAUUUCGAACACUUGCGCCGACGUUCAAGAAUGGAAAGGAAAAAAAAGAAAAAUAGAUAAAAUUGUAAAAAAAACAGUAUAUAGGGUAUUACCAUUCAAGAGUGUAUAUAGGGGGUUGACUUGCAGGAUUCAUCUCAUUAAUCUUUAUGCUGAUCAUGCCGAUUUAUAUUAAUUUGUUAUGUGUUAAGAAGAAUGUGUAAGAUCUGUGUGACGCGGAGAACACUUGCUGUUUUAGAGAAUUUUUGUGGCCAUGGCCUUAUUGUUUAGGCUUGGCCCCAGCUAUUCCUGGCUCAUGGCACUACCACAUAAGUCACUUUCAGCAACACUAACAUAGCAACACUUUUAAAACUGUUGCAAUAAUAUAUAUAAGGCAACAGAAAGGUUACGGUUAAAAACCGUUGCAAAGAAAUUAAUAAAAUUAAGAGAUUUAUAACAUAAGACAACAUAUAUGGAAAACUGUUGCAUUAGCUAUAGAAAAUGCAACAGUUUCACGGAAUCUAGCAACACUUUUAAACUGCUGCCUUUUUUUACAUCAUACCUAAUUAUAUUUUUAAUUUUUUUGUUCACUUUCUUUCAUAGUAUUUCAAUAUUUGUAAAAAGAAAUAAAUUUUAUAAAAUCUACUCAAGAUUUGUUUUAUCUCUUUUUUGGAUUGGAAUUCCCUCAAGUUUGUUUUGAACUUGAGGGAGUCAUGUUUACGAUCUACACCAUUCAUUAUAAAAUGAACGGUGUAGAUCAAAAAAACACAAUUUUAAUUAAAUUAAUCUACACCGUUCAUUUUACAAUAAAUGGUGUAGAUCGUGAACAUGACCCCCUCAAGUUUAAAUGAACUUGAGGGAAUCCCAAUCCCUCUUUUUUCUCCAUUUAUUGAGCAUGAUAUGCAAACUGAUUCACUACACCACAAAUUUUUUUAGCAACAAUUUAUAAGAGAAUGGUUUAUAAUUACUCCCUGAUUUCUCUAUUUUAAAGUUAAUUGUGUUCUAUUUCAAAAAAAAGUUAACGGUUUUCUAGGGGCAUUUGGUAAUCUUUAGAUGGUAAAAAUAAAAACAUUGGGCACGUAAAUACGACUUUGAAAACUCUUGAUUUUUUUUCUUUCUUCUCUAAGUUUUUUUUUUUUGCCAAAUCUCUCUUCUCUAAGUAAUUACGUUUCAUUGUGUUAUAACUGUUGAUUUAGCAUCCUCGUCAACAUCAUCACCUUCCUCCGUCUUCCAUAUUAUCUGAUACUGCUCGCGGUUCAUCUUGUUUGACAGUUGAACCAGGUUUAUUAAUCGAGAGAGCAUAGACUUCUCAUAUGCUCAAAGUGUGCAAGCCGUUCAGAAUCGAAACAUGAAGGUGGUUUAGUCUACUGAUGCAAAACUUAGGCUUAAAUGGACUCCUGAAGGCAACGCCAAAGAUUGUGUUGAGGAUGAUGGAUUACAAAGAGAUACAAAGUACUCAAGGCGAAUCUAAAGCACGCAUUGCUGAGGGAAUCCGAAAUCCAAUCGACGAAAGCUUUCAGAUUGCUCAGGCUCUUGAAAUGAAAAAGGAAGUGCAGAGAAAACUUCAUGAACAGAUUGAGGCAGGAUUAGUUUAAGUUCAAGUGGUUGGCUUGCUUUGCAGAAUUCCUGAGAAAUAAAGCAGGCAUGAACUGCUACGGAGAGUUGCUGUCGGCGGUAGCGCCUUUGCUAGUAAAAAUAGAACCAAUUCACAUUCUAGAAGAAAAUCUAAAUGAGAUAGCCAACUAAGCAGAUGAUCUACUGGAGGUGAACUUUUUAACCAAGCUGGUGGCUCUAAAACCUGGGAAGACUGGUUAAGAAAUGAUAACAAAAUGUAAUGCUAGGAAAAGAUGACGGAGCUGAAGAUACCGCUAGUAAAGAGGAAAACACUAGGGGUGAAAGUAAUUCAAACGGACUGCUAGAAAUGUGCUCAAUUUUGAGUGACAGCUCUUGCAGAUUUCAUGAAGAUAUUUGUGGAAAAUGAUUCUGUAGCAGAAAAGACAUUCAAUGUUUUGUGAUUUUGAAUAUCGUUAUUUUUUAUGGAAUAUUUUCCGUUUUUUAAUUUUGGUGAAUAUUUUCUUUGUGAUGUAAUGGAUGGAAUAGAUGGAAUUUGUUGCGAUAUAAUGUAUGGAAUAUUUUGUGAUGUAAUGGAUGGAAUAUUUUCGUGAUGUAAUGGAUAAAAUAUUUUCCGUUUUGUAA